AUGACUCAAAUAAAAUGUGCGCUCGCUGGAGUUGAUAAUUUGGUUUUCGUUUCUGAUAGACAUCAAACCAUUUGCAAGGCAAUCGACAAGGUAUUUCCUGCUGCAUUUCAUUGCUUUUGUAUACAGCAUAUCAAGGUUAACUUGAUAGUAAAAUUUAAAAACGAUGCGAAGGCAGUCGAGGAAUUAUUUUUAAAGGCUACAAAGGCGUAUCGCGAGUCAUAUUUCAACUCGAUCUGGGCCCAACUUCGUGCAUACCCCGGUGUACGGGAAUAUCUAGACGAUAUUGGAAAGGAGCGUUGGGCUCGUUGUUUCCAAACUCAAUUGAGGUACACACAAAUGACUACAAAUAUCGCAGAGUCUGUAAAUGCCUUCUUCAGGCACGCCCGUAAGUUGCCGGUUACCGCCUUACUUGACCACAUUAGAGGUAAGUUACAUAAUUGGUUCUAUGAUCGACGGACGCUUGCAGCUUCCCGAUCAACCACAUUGUCCGACUACGCAGAAAACAUGUAUGCCGAAUAUUCAGAUAGUGCGCGGAGACACGUUGUAGACAACAUUGACCAGUUCCAUUUCCAGGUACGGGAUGGCAACUUUGACGGGAUUGUUGAUUUGAACGCUAUGACGUGUAGUUGUCGGGAGUUUGAUUACUUUAAGAUUCCGUGCUCUCAUGUUAUUGCGGCGGCGAUGAUGCGAAAUAUAAAUCCAUACAGUCUGUGCGACGAGGCAUAUACGACGAACUCCUGGAUAUUGGCUUAUGCAGAACCCAUAUUUCCAGUCGGACACGUCUCGACAUGGAAUAGUUCGCCAGAGUUUGUCAACAUACCGGUGGAACCACCGAAGACUGUUCCAAGAGUUGGGAGGAGGAAUACAACUAGGAUUCCUUCCACGGGCGAGGUACGACAAACACGUAAGUGUGGUCGCUGUGGUGCGUGGGGACACAAUCGCAAAACAUGUAGCGAACCCCUUACCACAUUGUGA